CCUGUCAUUUGAGAGAAUCUUAUAUUCUAAUUUGUUGGGUUUCCAUGUGGUCUAGUUUGAUGAUUUCUUGGAUUUACUUGCAGAGUAACCCAAUUGCAAGAUGGCACAUUUGCCAAGGUUCAAUCAACAGUAUUUCUUUCUCGACAGAUGGAACAUAUUUGGCCACUGUUGGAAGAGAUGGUUACCUGAGAGUAUUUGACUACUCUAAAGAACAGUUAAUUUGUGGCGGAAAAAGCUAUUACGGUGCUUUAUUGUGUUGUGCCUGGAGCUCUGAUGGAAAAUACAUUUUGACUGGUGGUGAAGAUGAUCUAGUACAAGUUUGGAGUAUGGAAGAUCGGAAGGUUGUAGCAUGGGGCGAGGGACACAACUCAUGGGUUAGUGGAGUUGCUUUUGACUCAUAUUGGUCAUCGCCAACUUCAGAUGUCACAGGAGAAAAUGUCAUGUACCAUUUCAGUUCUGUUGGUCAGGUAUAGAAAGCUUCUAACUUACAAAUUAUCCAUAGUAUCUAAUGUAUCAACAUCAAUAAAGUUUCUUAUUGAAUAAAAUGUGUAUGGUUUACUUUU